AUGUGCCACCGACGAUAUGUCAACGAUAUCCUCAAGCGUUUCGACCUGCAUGAGUGCAAGGCCACAGCAAGUCCGGUUUAUUUAAGCACUCGGCUUGUCGCAAGCAGUGAAGCGGUAAAGAUUGACGUUCCGUUUCGUGAAGCAAUGGGAGCUCUAAUGCACUUAACGACUGCGACACGCUCGGACAUUGCGUAUGCUGUGGGUUACGUCUCACGCUACAUGGAGAAUCCACAGCAAGAACGUUGGACAGCGGUCAAGCGAAUCUUUCGUUACUUGCAAGGGACCAAGUCGCAAGGACUCCGCUUUCAGCCAAGCGACAAGAUUGACUUUUGUGGCUACUCGGACGCGGACUGGGCCGGCAAUCUUGCUGAUCGCAAGUCGACUUCGGGUUACACUUUCAUGCUGAUGGGUGCUCCUGUGAGUUGGGGAAGCACGAAGCAGUCAAGUGUGUCGCUGUCGACGAGUGAAGCGGAGUACAUCGCACUGAUUCUGGUCAUCCAGGAAGGCAAGUGGGUGCAUCGCCUGCUAUGCGAGAUUUUAGCGGCCGCAAACGAACCAGGACCGGACCUCGUCAUCCGUGAAGACAACCAGUCGUGCAUCAAGAUGACGAAGAAUCCGGUUAAUCAUGGCCGCGCCAAGCACUUCGACAUCAAGUACCAUCACAUCCGUGAUGAAGUCAAGCGCGGUGAAGUGAAGCUCAAGUAUUGCGAGACUUUCGUGAUGAUGGCGGAUAUCACAACCAAGGAGCUUGCGGGACCUCGUCACAAGGGCUUGACGACAGCUCUCGGCAUCUAUGCGAGUUCGGAUUGA